AUGGUUGCUGUCCUUCCUCAAUCUCGUCCAUCCGGAGCAAGCUUGUCUGACCGUAUCCCCAUCGCCGAUCAUUCUGGUCGCGGAGUCCCCCUAGCUGCCCUCGCCACCCUGUCCGACCACGCGAUACGUGCACAGUAUCCUGUUAUUGAUAUUGCGCACGAAAAACUUGCGAAGUUAGGAGUGUCUAGGUGCACGCUCAGGAUCACGUGGGCGGGUUUCGAGAACAUGGGCUUCAAGGAGGAUAUCCGCCUUCUGGGACAUGUCAUCCCGCCGGUAAAGGCAAUUGCCAAUGCGUUCGAUCGUUUCAUCCGCGAGUCGGUACGGUUUGCCGGUCAUCCGCCCGCCCCGAAUCUCUGGCCCCAGCACUACACGCUCCAGGAUCUGAUUCUGACAGGUCUCAUCGUCUAUGGCGGAGGCAUCAUUCAGGCUGAAGUGAUGCUCGCCAAGUAG